AUGGAGCAAUUCAGUCUCAGCGCAAUCCGCAUGAAGAUAAUGGAAAGCACCCCAAGCUAUCUUCAAGAGACCAUCUCCUCAGUCCAGCAACUCUCUACGUCAGAGAUGGCUCUAUAUAUCUCCUUGACUCUGGGGGCGUACGUGCUUCUUGUGCGCUCGCUUCGCCAUCGUCGAAUCAGGCAGCUUGAGGCCCAUUACAACUACCGUACUCGCGCCUCAAUGGCUCAAAUGACGGACCACGAAGCCUGGGAGAUUCAGCGAGCAAUGGCUCAGUACGAGUUCCCAUUCACCGUUGAGAAGAGUCUUCAAUUCGCGCUUUUCCGCACGUAUGGAAUCCCCACAAUCUCAAACACAUUGAUGAAAACAAAACAAUUCUCAAACAAUCUCUACUCCGGCAAACGCUACGUAGACACCUGCGUCCUAAUCGGCGAGUUCAUAGUCCAUGGCCCCGCCACAGUGCGCUCUCGAAUAGGACUCGCGCGCACAAAGUACUUGCAUAGCGGGUAUCGCAAAUCAGGCUCUGUCCGCGAGGAAGACAUGCUCUACACUCUUUCUCUCUUCGCAACGGAGCCCAUCCGUUUCGUGAAUCUAUACGAAUGGCGUGCCGCCACGGACCUGGAGCGUUGUGCCAUGGGCGUGUUUUGGAAAUCUGUCGGUGAUGCGUUGGGUAUUGACUAUGCUGCUUUCCUGCCUUCUGCAAAAGCAGCUGCGGAAGCUGGAGAAGGUUCCAAUGGAUACACGGAUGGAAUCCACUGGUUCGAUGAAAUCACGGCCUGGGCACAGGAAUAUGAAAAGAAAGCCAUGGUCCCCGCUCAGACGAACAGGGAUACCGCGGAUCAGACAACGGCCAUACUCACCUACGCCCUUCCGCGCCCACUCAAGUUUAUAGGGAACUGGUUCGUCUCCUCCAUGAUGGACGACCGUCUCCGCACCGCAAUGCUCUACCCGCGCGCGCCCCGGAUCGUAGAGAAUGUAUUCUGGCUCGCCUUUGAGGCACGCAAACUCUUCCUCCAGAACCUAUGUCUUCCUCGACCCGAGUUCAUGCGCCAUGUCGCCUUUACCGAGAAGCCGGAUACCCAAACGGGAGCGUAUCACGUCACCACCUGGACUGCUGAACCCUUCUAUGUCAAGCCCACGCUGUGGAAUAGAUGGUUGAGUCCAUCUGCUGUUGUGGCGCGUGUCCUGGGCUUCCCUUUGCCGGGUGAUCAGGGUGAUAAGUACUAUCCUCAGGGGUAUGACUUGGGUGACAUGGGCCCAAGGUCGUUCGAGGGUAAGGGCAAGGAGUAUUUGGAGCGGGAGAUGAAUAUAAUGGAGAAACAAAGGACGGGGCAGUGUCCUUUCAUGUAG